CGGCCCCGCCCAGCGGGCGGCGCGGUGGGGGCCAGGGUCCCGGCGGCGCGGGUGGCGGGGCCGCGGGGCCCCGGCAGGAUGGAGCCCCGCGCGGCGGACUGCAGCUUCCUGGGCGACGUGGGCGCUGUGCUGGACCAGGAGGUUGGCGGCUGAGGUCCUGUCCUAAUGAUGCUCGUGGGAGGAUGGGAGAAGCAUGAAAUCAGGACCCACGGCUCGUCCUGCUCUCCUCUUUUUAGGGUUGCAGCCGCUCAGUCUGCCCUUGGGGUUCUGCUCCCCUCAGACUGACUUGAGAGUGAUCCACAGCCACUUUUCACUACUGGCCCCCCAAGACAGGCACGUGGGCAGCCGUUCACUACGACUGGGAGACAUGCUGGGGUCCCCUUCCUGGACAGCAGGUGGCCUGAUGGCCGUGGCGCUUCCCAGCUCACGUCUAGGCAACGCGGCGGGGAGGGGCGUGUCAGCAGGCUCCCCCUCACAUCUUGGAGUUGGGGCAGACGUUCCACGAGCAGUGGGAAUCCUGUGAUUAACUCAGACCGCUCGUCUGGGUGGGAUGCAUGGCUCUGGGAACCCACCACCUCGUCUACUUCUGCGGCGCGGUAGGCAACCAGGUUUCUGGGUGGAGCGAACCCCUGUGCACGAGGCAGCCCAGCGAGGGGAGACCCGGCAGCUGCAGCAGCUGAUCGAGAGCGGGGCCUGCGUCAACCAGGUCACCGUGGACUCCAUCACGCCCUUGCACGCGGCCAGCCUGCAGGGCCAGGUACAGUGCGUGCAGCUGCUGCUGGCCGCCGGGGCCCAGGCGGCCCGCAGGCAUGCCCUGCUUUCCAUCUCUGAACCCCCUCGGCCUGGCACGGCGCCUCAGCAGGUGGACGCCCGCAACAUCGACGGCAGCACCCCGCUCUGUGACGCCUGUGCCUCGGGCAGCGUCGAGUGUGUGAAGCUCCUGCUGUCCUACGGGGCCAAGGUCAACCCGCCCCUGUACACAGCAUCCCCGCUGCACGAGGCCUGCAUGAGCGGAAGUUCCGAGUGUGUGAGGCUUCUCAUUGACGUUGGUGCCAACCUGGAGGCGCACGACUGCCACUUUGGGACCCCUCUGCACGUGGCCUGCGCCCGGGAGCAUCUGGACUGCGUCAAAGUGCUGCUCAACGCAGGGGCCAACGUGAACGCGGCCAAGCUCCACGAGACAGCGCUGCACCACGCGGCCAAGGUGAAGAACGUGGACCUCAUUGAGAUGCUCAUCCAGUUUGGAGGCAACAUCUACGCGCGGGACAACCGGGGGCGGAAGCCGUCCGACUACACGUGGAGCAGCAGCGCCCCCGCCAAGUGCCUGGAGCACUACGAGAAGACACCUCUGAGCCUGUCCCAGCUCUGCAGGGUGCGCCUGAGGAAGGCGGCCGGCGUCAGGGGGCUACAGAAAAUCGCCAGCUUGAACAUCCCUCCCCGGCUCAUUGACUACCUUUCCUACAACUGAGCUGCAGGCAUGGGGUCAAGGCUGCAGCCACUUCCUUAGAUAAACUAGACUUUAAAGGACCUGAGUGCGCUGUGUGCCUCCCAGGACCGGCCUGCAUCUCAUCUGAAGGAAAACGUUGGGUAAGAUCCCUUCCGUUGCUUGGCCUCUCCUGCUUUGGUGUGACUUACUCCCUAGAUGACUAUGAACCUUCCAAAGUCCCCAGCCUUCGGAGGGCUCCAAGCCUGUUCUGCUAACAGAGGAACCACUUCACAGCAGGAAGAUGCGGCCUCUGGUUCCUGGGGGCUGCCCGCCCUCUGCAGGUGGGAACGAGGGGAGGUGCGGGAAAGAGGGGUCUCCCGGCUGCACCUCCCUCUCCUGCCCGCCUCUGCAACCCUCCUCCCUCCCUCCGUCCCUCACUGAUGCCUGCACAGAGAUGCUACAUGGGGUGACCCAUCGAUACAUCCAGAUGAGCUCUGGCAUUUGUUAAAAGCAAGACAACAGACCCUCAGUAAAACCACUUACACUAAGCCCCACAUCACCAAACUGAGACAAUUACAGUUUCCACCUCCCAGAAAGGGAAUCCGAGCAGUCAAUCAGGGACCAUCUGACCAGCACGAGUUACACAACUUGCCUGCUAGACCCUGCACCCCUAAGAGGAAGUGGCCUUGCAACCACCAGCCCGUGCUUUUGCCUAAAAUAACUUUCUCAAUCUGGCUCCUCCCCGCCUGUCAAGUCCCUCACUUUGUGCAGCUUCUCAGAACACCCUUCUGUCUGCUAGACUGGAUGCCACUGAAUUUGACCCAGUUUCCUCAAAUAAACUCUUAGUUUUUAAUAUGCCUCAGUUGACCUUUUAACAAGUUCUCUGGGACACAAAGGACUGGCAAGCCCGUGUUCCCCUCCCCCCGCACUGCUCUGUUGGAACCAGUGCUCAUGCUUCCUUUCCAGGGGGCAACACCCUUCACGCUCAAGCAUUUGAGUUCCUUUAUUCAGGAGAACGAGCCUAAACCUGGCUCCCAGCACGCAGCUCCCCAGCUCAGAUUGUGAGCAGCUGUGCUGUCCCAAGGGAGCACCAGCAGGGCUCAUGGACGGGAGCUGACUGCUUUCUGACCCUCGGCAGCCCUGUAGCAUGGACUGUUCUGCCUGUGAUGGCCUGGAAAAAGACUUUCAGAUCCCGGAGACUUUGCUUUUUCUCUUUCCUCGGUGUGGGUACCAUAUGGCGUUGACAGCUACGCCCCUGUUAUGUUGGCAUCAAAGUCUUGUGAUCUCUGGCAGUUUGAAUGCAAAUACGUCUUAAGUUGUCCCCAUCUCAACAGGGUGCCUCCUAAAAGCCUAAUGUCUCAAAACCACAAAUAAAGGGAAGAGAGAUUCAUGACAAUCUCUCAUAUACACAUCUUCCUUCUUCAUACAGAAUUUGACUUCUCCGCAGCUGGUCUCCAGGUGUGCAGUUCUCAUGAACCACAGACCUCAGAGAUGAGAGCUGGCAGCUGAACUCUGAGCUGGGUGUGCAAGUAGCUUAGCUCUCUGCCUCCUGUAUGAUCUAUAGAGAACACUCCCAUUGCUUCUCAGUGUGCACCGAACCCCGAGGCUCAUUCUGCUGUGGUAGAGACAGGGCACUGGAUGAGAUGAGAAGCAGAAUGUUCUAGGAGCCCUUGAUCUACUUUCCCCCCACCCCGCCCUCCCUUCCUCCCACCUUCCUUCCACCUUCCUUCCGUCCCCCCUUCCUUCCUUCUUUCCCUCCUUCCUUCUUUCCCUCCUUCCUUCCAUCCAUCCAUCUAUCCUUCCUUUCAUCCGUCCACCCCUCCAUCCAGCCAUCCAUCUUUCCUUCCUUCUAUACAUCUAUCCUUCUUCUUUUUUCUUUUUUUAACCAGUUAUUCUAUUUUAGGUUCUCUGCUGGGCAGGGAUCCUGGCUCUGAAGGAUCUCAGACCAUCUCUCAGGGUGCAGACACAGGCAAGUGCGGGGCAUGAGCCCCAAACAGGAAGGAAGCCCUAACUCUUCUCUUAGAGGAGAAGGAGAGAGACGACCUUGACUCUGUUUCUCAAGUCUUGGGUUAAUAAAUACAGCUGCAUUCCUUCUUACAUCCAUGAUGCUGUGCAGUUUACAAAGCUUUAUAAGGACUUGUAUUAUUGGCAGCACUUUCCCAGAGUGAGUGUGAAGAUGCAAAAGACUCACUGAUGCACUUUCUCUUUUGUUUCAUACUUUUCUCCCAAACAUGGAAACAACAGAGUGAAGUUUAACCCCGCAGGAUUUUCCCUGUGUAAAGCGUUUACUCUAAUCCCUUCUUGUGCUUAUUGUU